AGGGAUCCCCUCCCGUUCCGCCGCUUAGGACUUCCUGUAGAGAACCACACCACGUCCCCCUCGGAUGCGCAUGCGUACGCGCACAGGAGCGGAGGGAGCCUCGGAGGAGGGCGGGCCAAGGUGGCGGCGUCACCGAGGGCGAAGGGGGCGUGGCCCAACUGUAGCCUGGGAGACGCGUCGGGGCGGCGGCAGCGAGUGGCAAAGGCGAAGGUACUAGAGGAAGCUGUGGUGGCGGCGGCAGCGGUGCGUUUGGGCCGCGUCUGGCCGGAGCAGGCUCGGGCUCGGGCAGUUGGGACCAGCGGGAUGAACGGCCGAGGCGGACGCGGGGGUCCAGGGGCAGGCGAAGAGUGUGAUGAAGAAGACGAUGAGGACGACGAGGAGCGGGAGGGCGUCACCCCGGCCUUCCAGGUGUCCCGGCUGCCGCCCAUCUCCGGCUGCUUACCUGAGGUCGGCCGUCGGAAGGUGAAGAAGAAAAAGAAGAAGAAAAAGUCGCCAGCCUCCGGGCUGAGUAAGGGCUCCGGCAAAGGAGAUGGUUCCAGCAAAGAUUCCAUCACCAAACUGGAGUGUAUGAAAGAGAUUAAAAGAGAGAAAGAGGAAACCAAGCAUCUAGCUUACUCGUCCUCCGGGAACGCCGCCGUUUCAUCGGCCGAAGUGGACGAGAGCCUUUCCACCAAAAUCAACGAGAGUCUCCGCUGGGAGGGCGUCCUGGAAGACCCAGUAGCCGAGGAAGAACGAAUUCGCAUCUACAAACUCAACAGAAGAAAACGUUAUCGACUUUCGGCCUUGGAAGGGUUUUGCCCGACUCCAAACGUCUCGGAAGGGACUAAUGAGAAAUUCUUGGCCCUUCCAGACUCGGAGAGUCAACCAAACGGCAAGCAAGGAGGGAAGGCUGAUUGCCUCAGUUAUUUCUUUGAAGGAAACACACCUCUGAAGCUGUUCUCCUCUCCAGAGUUGGCAUCCACCAAUGUGCCUGAGCAGAAACUUGCUGCUUCUUCUGCAUUAUUGAACCUAUCCUAAUCCCCGAGACGUGUGUGUAUGUGUGUAUGCGUGUAUGCGUGCGUGCAUGUGUGAGAGAAAGAAAAUUAAAUAAUGCAAAUCAGACCAAUCCUGGAGGACAGAUACCUUGGUGAGAUCAAAUUCAUCUUUCGAAAAAUGUUCUUAAUUGCCAAAAUAAAACCAUGUUAUUAUCAAAACAA